AACAUAGAACCAUCCGUUUCCUUGGGCCUGCGUCGUCCGAAAAGCACCGAAUCCGGCCAUUCCCCCAAACGGCAAUCCGGGCAAGAAUCGAGCACCGGAUGUGAGAUAGUUUGUGUGCGCAUAUACAUACAUGCCCAUAGGCCACGGCCGGAGCGGGCGCGGCCUGAGAUCAUCGAGCAUGAUGGCGAUCUCGACGCUGAGCCCGACCCAGAAGUACGCGGCGGGGGCGCUGCUGGCCCUGGCCCUCCGCCAGGCUCAGAUCCAGCAGACCCAACCCCUCGACGACGACGACGACCCCGACGCCGGAACGCGGGACCGGUGCAGCAGCGCCAGCGCAAGCAGCAGCACCAGCAGCAGCGAAGGCGGCGGCGACGACUCCUCCCUCUGGACCCACGAGUCCCGCGGCCUUCUUCGCCCCGUCUUCAGGUUCUUGGAUAUUGAUCCCAAAGCCUGGCCGGGGCUGGAGGAAACCGCUGCGUCAUCAAUAAUCAAGCAUCAUGUGGGGGCUUAUCUAAGAAUAAUCUUUGAAGAAGAUGAUGAAAAUUCUUCAGAAAGAUUUGAAAAAGAACUUGCUUUGGCAAAAGCUGUUGAUGCUAUGGUAAUGAGCUUGGAAGCUGCUUUAACCUCAGCUGAGGAGAGUAAAGAGAAAGAUCAUAAGCAUGGACAUGAUAGUCACAAGAGAAGUAAUUCUGGUACAUCAUACUGUAAAAAUUUUGGUGCAACAAUAGAACCUUUUGAUACUUCAGAAACGAAAAACUCCAAGGCAUCAUUCAUAGCAGAGGAUUCACUGAUUCAGUUUGAGAAUGUGCACGAUGACAAAGAAAUGCUAGAAGACAAUUCGGUUAAAUAUCAGCGGAAAGUUGCGGUCUUGUAUGAACUUCUUUCUGCUUGUGUGGCUGAUACACCUCAAGACAACAAGAAAACUUCUCGAUUUAGGAAGGGCUAUGAUGCUCGGCAUCGUGUUGCUCUACGGUUCUUGGCAACAUGGCUUGACGUCAAGUGGAUCAAAAUGGUAGCUAUGGAGAUAAUGGUUGCUUGCUCUGCAAUGGCUGCAGCAAAAGCUGAAGAGCAAUCACAAGGAAGUGGAUCAGAGAAAAGCAAAUGGGCUAGAUGGAAGCGAGGUGGUAUCAUUGGUGCAGCUGCAUUGACUGGAGGAGCCUUGUUAGCAGUUACAGGAGGUUUAGCUGCUCCAGCAAUUGCUGCAGGCUUUAGUGCUUUGGCUCCCACAUUAGGGACACUGGUCCCUGUUAUUGGAGCAAGCGGAUUUGCUGCAAUAGCUAGUGCUGCAGGAUCAGUUGCUGGUUCUGUAGCCGUCGCUGCAUCAUUUGGAGCUGCUGGAGCUGGGCUGUCAGGGAGCAAAAUGGCUAGAAGAAUAGGAAGCGUUGAAGAAUUUGAAUUCAAACCUAUUGGAGAUAACCAUAACCAGGGCCGCCUAGCAGUAGGUAUCUUGGUUUCUGGUUUUGCUUUUGAGAAGGAAGAUUUUAUAAAGCCUUGGGAAGGAUUGGAAGAUAACUUGGAGAGGUAUGUUCUUCAGUGGGAGUCAAAGUAUAUAAUUGCAGUGAGCACUGCAAUACAGGACUGGAUCACAUCAAGAGUUACAACGGAAUUGAUGAAGCAAGGUGCCAUGAUGACUGUGUUAAGCACGCUUGUUUCUGCAUUAGCAUGGCCAGCUGUACUACUUGCUGCUACAGAUUUCAUAGAUAGCAAAUGGACAAUGGCUAUUGAUAGAUCGGAUAAAGCUGGAAAGCUCCUUGCAGAAGUUCUGUUGAAGGGUUUGCAAGGAAACAGGCCUGUGACCCUUAUUGGUUUUUCACUAGGAGCGCGAGUUAUAUUUAAGUGUUUGAGGCAAUUGGCUGAAUCAGGAGAUAAUGAGGGACUUGUAGAAAGGGUCGUUCUCCUUGGAGCACCAGUUUCACUCAAGGGGGAGCAAUGGGAGACUGCCAGAAAGAUGGUUGCUGGAAGAUUUGUAAAUGUGUAUUCCACAAAUGACUGGAUACUUGGAGUGACUUUUCGUGCAAGCCUGCUGACCCAGGGUUUGGCUGGAAUUCAAGCUGUUGAUGUUCCUGGAAUUGAAAAUGUUGAUGUCACGGACUUUAUUGAUGGUCACUCCUCAUAUUUGUCGGGUGUACAACAAAUUGUUGAACAACUUGAACUUGAUACAUAUUACCCUGUUUUUUCCUGCAUUCCUAUCAUUUCCAGAUGAGAAGUUGGAAAUUGAUUCUUGUGGCUGUUCAAAUUGGUCAAAAAGUGACUUAAAAAAGAGAAGCAAAAGAUCCAAAGCAUGUUGGCUCCUUGUGUCUUUUUUGUUCAUGUAACCUUGAUGAGAUUUUCAAUUAAUCAUAGCAUUUUAAAGGUUCAGUUCAUCA